AUGAGACCCGCACCCGCACCCGUGGUACCCGCACCCGCGAACCCGCACGGGUCACCCGGACCCUUGGUGAUCCCUACGCGCAAGGCAACUGUCCCCUUCAAGUCGCCCACUGUCGCGUCCGCCAUCCCCUUCUCGCCCAUGUUCGCAGCCGCCAUCAUCACGACGUUCUCACCUGGUGGGCUCACACCCGCCAUCGCGCUCUCGCCCGCAGUCGCCCCCACCCUCGCGCUCGAGUCGUCCACGAUCACGCUCUCAACGACCACGAUCGCGCUCUCAACGCCCGCAAUCGCGCUCUCAACACCCGCAAUCGCGCUCUCAACACCCGCAAUCGCGCUCUCAACGCCUGCGGUCGCGCUCUCGUCUGUCCCCUCCAGUGUGGAUCCGAAGAGUCGUCCAUCCAGCGGCCAGUACAUCCCGGAAGUCAAGACCCUCCUGGAACGCGCCAUCAACGAGUUUUAUUGCUACCUGUACACUACUAAUGCAUUUCCCAGCAACGAACAGGCCGAAAAAGCCAUCACAGACGCGUGGCAAGUGGCGUACGCGUCCCAUACUAAGAACAGAGACGCGCCGCCAUAUGAGCUGGACCAGCGAAUGAUCCGCCUGGCAAGUCCAUCCCUCGUCAUCGCCUCCACACCCGUUAACUAUGGUUGCAGAUCCUAUCACGAAGAUCGAACGCGCGUGGCUUUCGGCUUCCGGACGAGCGAAAAGAAGAGGGACUGGGAUGAGAAUGCCCGGAAGAGCGCGCGGCUGCUCAAGGAAGGCACCUUCCAUCACAAGACGUUCGACAUUCGCCCUCAUGAAGAAACAACAUGGGACCGUUUUGCGGAGAACAAUGUCGUGUUUGAAGCAAUCUCGGCCACCUUCUUCGAUUCAGGAGACGGCCGCUCCAGCAUGGGAUUCCAAUACCCCGAGCGGUUCAAUCCACUUCCAAACAAGUCCAUUGCAUUCGUGAUGACUAUUAUUCGAGCACAUAUUGCAGAAUGGAGCAGUGGCAAGAAGGUCGCAGAUACGUUCAACCACGGAGACCGUGGUGACGAUUCCUCAGGGCAUGCCAAGCACUACCGGGGCUUCCUCGCCGAUCUCAAGGAGUACGAGGCAGCGAACCCGCAAGCGUGGAAGAACAUCCGGACUCGCAUGUAUUCACGCGCCUUCCGCGCUGGUGGGGGGACUGAUCUCAAUAUCUCAUCCACGCGGGUCUCGAGCGCCGCAAUGAGCAGUGCAACCAGUCAGCUGGCGGGGCGGACCGGGCUUACUGACAGCGAGUCGGAUCAUGAGCCUUGA